UCAGAGUUCUGCUUCGUGUCGGGUCGCGUCUGCCUUUGUUUUCCUCCAAGUGGAAUGCGGCACUCAACAGAAAAAGUGAUUUUCGUAACCUUUUCUCUUUAGGAGAGUUUUUAUGGGUUUGCUCUUUGGUUGGACUUGCAUUCGUUACGUAUUUCUGGCGUUAUGAAAACAUGACUGGAGUUUUUGACAGCCUCAGUACAGAUAUGCAUUCAAACCAGAUUACCUCCAAUUACCACAACCUGCAUAAAUCCAAGGAAUCGCCUACUCUACCUGUCUCCACCGCCACCGACAGCAGCUAUUAUAAUAAUAACCAGCAGGUCGGACAGUGCACCGGCUCUCCAUACGGUCAGCUCAGCUCUUACCAGUACCAGAACAACAGCAUGAACAGCGUCCAGUACGGCUUCUGCAAUGCUUUCGGCUCCUACAGCGCGUACGGCUCCUGCUCUUCACCAAUUGCCGCAGAUGCUGAAAAAGAAGAAAGUGAACCUGAAAUACGAAUGGUUAAUGGAAAGCCAAAGAAGGUCAGAAAACCUCGAACUAUUUACUCGAGUUUCCAGCUGGCGGCCCUGCAGAGGAGAUUUCAGAAGACGCAGUAUUUGGCCCUGCCGGAGAGAGCCGAACUGGCCGCUUCUAUGGGCCUCACGCAGACACAGGUAAAAAUCUGGUUCCAGAAUCGUCGUUCAAAAUUCAAGAAGCUGUGGAAGAGUGGAGAAAUCCCACCCGAGCAGCAUGUGGCCUCCAGCGAGUCUCCCCCUCACCCUUCACCCCCUCUCAACACGACUUGGGACUUCGCACAUAGUCAGAGAAUGCACACUGUAAACGGGUUGCCCCAGAGCAGCAGCCCCCCGAAUACGACCACCCCUUCAUUCUUGACAAACUACCCCUGGUACUCAUCUACGAACUCUGCAUCCCACCUACAGCCACUGCAUCAUCAAAACACUAUCAGCGCCGGGACAAUAUUUUGACUCUAAAAUCUGGGAAAUUCAUAUUGUGAACUUGCAACUUAUCGAAAGACUUUUACUCCUGUAUUUUCCAGUCUAAACAGCCAGACGUCACAUUUGCCACGUUGAUCAUGUCCAGUGCGUUUUGCGCGUUUCUUUUCAUGCAAUGGCGUCUUCAUGCUGACACAAAGUAAUCAAACACACACAAUUAUUUUUGUAUUUAUUUAUUUUGUUUUUGUAAUGGAUUAAAACCCAUUGCUCAGUGAACCACUUUUAUCCAAAGCUUAGAGAACUCAUGUGGACAUGUUUUGGAGCGAAUAUUGCAGCAGGGUGUAUAAUAAUCAUUAGAGCACAUGUAGCACAACCUCAAGCUGUUUGGUGCCUUUUAAAAAUGACCUCACUGUUUUUAUCCAACGUAAAUGUCUUUAAUGUGGCUGCCUUUGAUUAAAUACUUUGUUAAAUUCGGUAGAAUGGCAUCUAUCGCUAUACUCGAGUGUUUCACCGGAUCACCUUUAUAUUAUUGCCAAGAUAUAACAUACGAUUCUCACAGUUGUUUUUUUGUGUACUAUUUUUUCAUGGAAAAACACUAAUGAAAAGCACUGGCAACUACUGAUUGUCCAAAAGUCAAGUGUAAAAGGAAAUUGUCUCUGAAGUACUUUGUAUUAUUUAUUUUAAAAUCCAAAUGAACACUUCUGCCACUUAAAUGAUUCAAACUUAUUUAAAUAAAACGUUUCAUGUGAA